AUGGGGGAAUCUCCAGCGAUAAGUGGAGGAGCCUGGUUUGGCAUUGGAAUAGGGGCAGUCGUUGUGAUCGCAAUAGUUGGUUGGUUGAUUGGUCGAUAUAUAGAUAAGAGAAAGAUCCAAAGGCAUCAGAAGCUCAAAGAGGUGGAUGCGGUGAAGGGAAAGGAUGGAGACGCACUUUCUACAAGAGAACUCGGCAUGAAGGACCUCGAAGCUGGAUACUCUAAGAGUGCUGGUCAAUCGAGACCAAGCUCCCCUGCGCCUUCGUAUUUUUUAUCGCCCAGCACGACGGUCGUAAACUGGACCGACAAAGGGAGCUUUGCAAGCCAUUCCGCAUCAAGUAGCCUUACAGAUAUAUCGGGAAUUGCCAAUCCAAGCCGGGCGUUGGUUGGGGGUCAGAAACAUAAGCCAUCACCCCUUCGAACGGAACCAUUCGAUAGGAGUUUCCAUGGUCAUUUGCAUCAAAAUGCAUCUGCAUCUAGUGUCGGUGGUAUUGGAGGCGCCUAUAUGCCGCCUCUCCCAUCACCGCUAUCUAUGAGAAGUGUUUCGCCGUCUGGUAGCACCCGCUCCAAAACAUGGGUUUCUCCACUAGAUGUACAUUUCAGCAGACCAACCACUCCAACUGUUUCUUCACGGCCCAUAUCAUACCUACCACGUCUUAACUUUCCGGAAAACCUUCUUGACCAGACAGGACUCUUAACACCUCCACCAUCUGCUUCAUUUUCAGGUGCCAAAUCAGGGGUUGAAUCGACUUUUGGCAGUGGAACGUCACAGUCCCAUAAGGGCGCGGAGCCUCAAGCCAAAUCACCAACUUCUACACCGUCCAACCCAUUUGAACCGUCAAGGGGGCGAAGCACAUCAGGCUCUAUCUUCCAUAGGGAUGAUGAGCUACCCGAGCGACCUUUGACAGCGGAAAAUGCAUAUGAUCAGCAUGGUCCUAUCUCUACAUUGCCACAAAUCUUCAAUCUAGCCAACGACCCCGACCUCUUUCCCGAAGAUGAUCUACCGUGGAAGUCUGAGAAUAGCGAAAGAGCUGUUAUCCGCGACUCGAUAGUCAGCAAGCAACAUGUGUCAAUCUUUGAGCCACUGAAUUAUAGUCGGGAUUUGCCAGGGAGUCCGAAGUCGCAUAGCUAUGCGCGGAGCGUCGUCGCCUUGAGCAUAUGUAGCCCGGAGGCUCCCGCUCACGAGCACACGAGAAGCAACCUCAAUCAUACCAGGAUACAUUCGCGCUCGCAAUCAAGUGAAAAUAGAAGCCACUCGCCUUCUACAUCGAGAUCAACGUCACAUGUACACCCCCGAUCCACCUCUGUCCACAGCGUCACAGAAACUCGUAACUCUCCUCGCCAGCAUAGCGGCAGGAUAUCAAUGGGGCGAGAACACGACGAGCAGCAAAGAAGCAGAGGUGGUGAUCAAAUGCACCAUGACAAUAGGAGCGGCUCUGUACAAGGCCUCGCCGUUGAUUUCGAUUUCGAUUACCCCCUCGAGUCGCCAUUCUCUAAUUCUCACGCAGUACCAUUUUCCAUGCACUCCAAGAGUUCGUCUUAUUCCUCCCUAGGAUCCGCAACCCACACAGUAGGGAUGAACAAAACGCACAAAAAGCAUCAACAGCCAUCUCAGCUAGCCUCGCUCGCGCCUCCGACAAUUAUAGACAAGGACCGUCUAAGUGUAGCUAAUUCACUAGCUAUAGACAAGGAACGCCUAAGUAUAGCUAUGUCACUAGCUAGAGUUAGGAGUGCAAGUGACGCGAGCCAGAGCAGCAUAGGAGACUUUUACGACGCAUACUACCGGCAAUCAAUCGCAGCACAGCGGGCAAGUAGCACUUCCACCCAGUCCCAAACGCUAUCACAAAUCAGAAUGUCGCGGAGCGGCUCCGAGAGUCUGGUUGUGGGGAAGUACGAAAGCGGUCAGUGGCCGAUUGCUGAGGCUGCUGGCGCUGCCCGAAGGCAAGCACCCCCACCUCCUGGAAGACGGGAAGCGAUGGUCAACCCUGAAUUUCAUCUCCCCUUUGGUAAACGGCGGCCGCCUGUGCUUGACCUAGGACCGCUCAGCGGUGGAUUAGGCGUUUCGAGGACGAUUUCGGGUUUGCCAAGUCCUGGGCCGAGUUCUGAGUCUCCCGUGAUAGGAAGAUACGCAUCCAACUUUUACAACCCACUUUAA